UUCUUCUCAUUUAAAACCCGUAUCUUACUCUUACUCUUCCUUUUUGUAUUUCUUUCUCUCUUUUUUUUUUUUUAAAAAAGCCAUCUUUAUGCACUUUUUUUCUUCUUCACUCAAACUUUCAUACAAACCAUCCAAACCCAAAACUUAUUUCAUUCCUUUUAACCCUCCUUUCCUUCAAGUUUCUAUUUUUAUUCCUUUCCCUAACCAAAAAAAAAAAAUCCCAUCUUUAUUCCUUCUUCUUACUCUUUAUAAAUAUAACGAUAUCAGAGCUUUUUAGAGCUGAAUUUUCGAUUUUUUUUAAAUGGGUUUUUCUGAGAAGAAGCAGCACCAAGGUGUGGACGUGAGUUUAGAUUCAGAAACCAAAAAAUGGGUCAUCGCCGGAAUUCCCUUACGAACACCCUUGAAGCCCAUAUACACCACCAAUCCUCCUCCGCCGCCGCCGCCGGUGCUAGUUGACUCGUCGACAAGGGACGCUGAUCAAGGCCACGACGAUGAUCAGUGCCUUUCGACGACGCCCACCGGAGAAGAAUCAAAGAUUCCGACGAGGCUGACGUGUCCACCGGCGCCGAGGAAGAAGAAGGCUACUUCCAAGUGUAAACUCUACGGUUCUGCUGUUAUUAGAGAGUUCUUUACGCCUCCAGACUUAGAAACCGUCUUCAUACGCCAUCAUGUUGAAAGGGCUAAUUGAUUUUAGUUUAACUCAUCGAUUAAUCAGAAGAAGCUAUAGCUUGUACUCAGUCCAUAUUUUGAUUUUUGCUACCACUUUUUUUUUUUUUUUUAAUUUGUAACAUUUAACUCUCUAUGGACUAUAUAUUAUGUUAUAGGCUAGCUGAUUAUGAUAAUACUUGCUUAAUUUUCAGUAGUUAUAGCUAGCUAGCUAGUGGAGGAGUUUAUGAUAACUUGAUCAUGUAUAUAUAGCUCUAGCUAUAGGUUAUAUAUAUGAAUAAAUAAAUUAUUAAAUCUCUCAACUUCA